GCCCUCCUCUGUAUGCCACUGGUGCCGCCCAGCACAAGGCAGUGUCGCUUGAACUUCACACUGGCUGGUCGGAAUGGCUGCUCCUCCCAGGUUAUCAGUGCUGCGCAGGAUCCUCCUCCUCACCAUCUCAGCUGACAUGUACUCCGUUCUGGCGUUCCAUGUGACAGAGGGCAGCACAGUGAUUCUGUCGUGUCAUUACUCAGUAAAGCACCACGGCCUGAGUCACGUCUGCUGGGGACGAGAUUGUGGAACUUUCUGGUGCAACGACAUCAUUGUACAAACUGAUGAGUAUGGCGUCAUUUCCAAAGUGUCAGACAGGUACAAGCUCAUUGGAGAUGUUCUUUCAGGCCAAAUGGACUUGGGGGUCCAAAGGAUACAGAAAGAAGACAGCGGGCCUUACUGCUGCAGAGUGGAUAUAGAAGGCUUCUUCAAUGACAAGAAGGUGUCCUACACUUUGAGAGUCAUGAAAGCCCCAACGACUAUUCCACCUACAACCACGACACAGCAUACCACAGAGUCACUGGAGGCACAGACAGUGUCAUUGCUGUCAAAUCAGUCCAGAGGAGGAGACUCAUCUAUGUCUGACAUUUCCUGGCAGAAUGUCACUCAUGUUCAUUCUGGGGUGAUGAUGGAAGCACCCAUCUCCAGAAUCACACUUCAGAUAAACAUCCCUGUGCUGUCCCUGUCUCUCAGUCUGCUACUGCUCCUUUUGGGGGGCCUGGCCCUGUUGACCUUCAAACGUGGGAUUUAUUGGAAGGCAUUAGACAGUGGGUGUUUCUCAAAGGAUCCACAACAUAUUAUCUAUGAAAUACGCAACAGGAGACCAGUAGAGGAAAACAUCUACACACUGGAAUAGAAGCAAAACCAACGUCUAUUUUAUAAACAAACAAACACACACACACACACACACACACACACACACACACACAAUUAAUAAUAUACAGAUAAAGUGGGUGCAGCUGGUAAAUUUUGACACUUAAACUUAACCAUCUACCAUUAUUUGUGAUGAACAGAUAAAAAAAGUUAUCUACUUAAAAUCAAACGAUGACAGAAUUUGAUUCAUUUGUUUUUUGUGGAGGAUCACUUUAAUGUGUUAAAAUUGUACUCUAAUAAUUCAUGAAAAGUAUAA